AUGUCCUCCUCUAACAUCACUCUCUAUACCUGGCCCACGCCGAACGGCAUCAAGGCCUCCAUCACCUUGGAGGAACUGGGUCUGCCAUACAAGACGGAGCCGAUCGACAUUAGCACCAAUAUUCAAAAGGAAGAGUGGUUUUUGAAGAUCAACCCCAAUGGCCGUAUCCCUGCCAUCACCGAUGGCUCGCAGCGCGUUUUCGAAAGUGGCUCCAUUAUGCUUUACCUUGCCGACAAGUAUGACGCCGACCGAAAGAUCAGCUAUGCGCCCGGCACCCCGGAGUACAUUGAGCAGGUAUCCUGGCUCAUGUUCCAGAUGGGCGGGCUGGGUCCCAUGCAAGGCCAGGCGAACCACUUCCGGCUCUUCGCCGGCGCCCGCUCCGACUACGGUAUCAAGCGCUACAUUGACGAGACGAAGCGUCUCUACUCAGUCCUGGAAUCUCGUCUGAAGGAAAGCCCCUACCUGGCUGGCUCCAAGUACACCAUCGCCGACAUUGCCAACUACGCAUGGGUUCGCAGUGGUCCCAGUGCGCUGGAGAUUGAUCUAUCUGAGUUCCCCACUCUAAAGAAGUGGAGCGAUGAGAUCAGCAAGCGGGCUGCGGUGCAGAAGGGUGUGGAUGUGCCUCCCCCUCGGCCGUACAGACGAGGAUCGCAACGAGUUUUUCCGGAGCGCUCGUGCUAA